GGGUCGUAAUGCUGCCUGGAUUACUUUAAAUAGUGGUGCGCCGCAAUAAACUUUGCUACGUAGCUGUUCUAUCAAUUUCAAUUCAGUAAUAUGGCGAUAUGCUCAGAGUCCGUUGACGGCUCUCCAUCGUUGUGCGCCGCAGAGUAUAUUGCACAAGACCGAUUCCAUCGUCGUUUCAUACUACCAGCCACAGCAGAUCAUGGCGAGCUGCAAGUUAGUUACGCGGAUGUUGGACGCACUUCGAAGCAAGGUGACGAUGGCACUAAUUAUCCGACGAUCCUAUUCAUUCCAGGAAUGUUCGCAUCGCGGUAUCUCAGUGUCUUCAUGCAUGCUAUCGCAGAAAAGCUGGGCGUCCGAGUUCUGAUUGUGGAUAGGCCAGGGAUGGGCCAUUCAACAGAUGUACCGCUUCGCCAGCGACUCGAUAUUUGGAUCGAAUUGGUGCCUCUUUUUCUGGCGCAUUUACAGAUAGAACAUGUCGCCUUGGCAUCUCACAGUGCAGGCACGAUUUACCUUCUAAACACACUUACUCGCUGUCGUAAUAUCCUUCAUCCAAAUACGCCACUGGUUGUCUUAGUAGCACCGUGGGUCGAUCCGGCCCAUUCUCACAUCAUGACCAUGCAGAUGGUGCAAUAUCUACCCACCAGUGUAUUUGGCGUUUGGCAUCACAUACCCAAGGUUGUAUCUGCUAGCGGGACGGCGUUCAAUAAAAUCUCUAAAUUGUUGCCUUCUAGCAGCGGUGUCGGUGUUGCAGACACUCUACCGCUAGAGAGAAAUCGCCAGAGGAUAGAGAGCGACUACGGGCUACCUCUAGAGCUGCAGAAGGAGCUGGAAACCCUUAUUUUCAGGUCUAUAUUCAGCGAAAACACGGUCGGUGCAAACAGCGAGGCACUGCAGUGCUCCCGAAAAGGACCUGCUGGACUUUGGGGCGACUGUGAAGAUUAUGCGCUCUUUGUCAGGAAGCUGGCCGAGCUUGAGAGAAGCAGACGAGCAGACGAAUGCGGUGUCAAUGGAGAAAAGCUGAGAAUCAGCGCUUACUUUGCCGAGAGCGAUGCUCUGAUCGGUAAAAGAGGCCAAAAUUACAUGGAGGACUGCUGGAAAGGCAGUGGGGGAGACGAGUUUCAGGACGUGCUCAAGUUUACGACCACGACGAUCAGCGAGACAGAUCACAAUAGUGUCGUGCAGUCCGCAGAGGUUUUGAAGCAGAUAUUCAUCAGUUCUGGUGGCGCUACAUCGGCGAGCCUUUAAGAUGG